AGAUAUAAUAGAGACUCAUCUCACUUUGUAUUAUUUGUGCGUUUUUUAAUAACAUUUUUCCAUCUUCCUCAUCACCUUCCAAAGAAGAAGAAGAACAUUGAAGAAAGAAGAAGGAUAGAGGUUAAUAAUGAUGGGCACUGUCGAGCUGAAUCUGAGAGAGACUGAGCUGUGCCUUGGUCUUCCCGGUGGAGAUACGGCGGCUCCGGUAACCGGAAACAAGAGAGGGUUCUCGGAGACGGUUGAUUUGAAGCUGAAUCUGAACAAUGAGCCUGCAAACAAGGAAGGAUGUACAACUCACGACGUCGUGACGAAUUCUGUUUCCAAGGAAAAGAGUUCAAGUCCCAAAGAUCCAGCCAAGCCUCCUGCCAAAAUUUCUAGGGCACAAGUUGUGGGAUGGCCUCCGGUGAGAUCAUACCGGAAGAAUGUUCUGGUUUCGAGCCAAAAAUCGGAGGCUGCGGCAUUUGUGAAGGUGUCGAUGGACGGAGCACCGUACUUGAGGAAAGUCGACUUGAAGAUGUAUAAAAGCUACGACGAACUCUCUAACGCUUUGUCCAACAUGUUCAGCUCUUUUACCAUGGGAAAAUAUGGAGGAGAAGAAGGAAUGAUAGACUUCAUGAAUGAGAGGAAACUGAUGGAUUUGGUGAAUAGCUGGGACUAUGUUCCCUCUUAUGAAGACAAAGACGGUGAUUGGAUGCUCGUCGGCGACGUCCCUUGGCCAAUGUUCGUCGAUACAUGCAAGCGUUUACGUCUCAUGAAAGGUUCUGACGCCAUUGGUCUCGCUCCGAGAGCAAUGGAGAAGUGCAAGAGCAGAGCUUGAAGUUAAAAGAUUAAGUGGUGAUGGUUAUAUAUUUGAUUAACACUUUGAUGGGUGUUAAUAGUUUUUUUUUUCAUUACGAAAAACAUUGUUCAAUAUCUAUUUUUUUCUUUUAAUGUCUAUGUUUUGAUCUGAAUUUCGUAUGUAGGUACACUUUAUAAGCUAUUAUGUGUUAUGAAUCAAGUUAAAUAUGCGAGACAUUUGUAAUGGAAAAUAUUAAAUAUGUAAUAAUCUGAACAUCUUGUGUGUGUAUUAA